AUGAAUCCCGAGGAGCAGACGGUAACGUGGUUGAUCUCUUCAGGGGUGCUCAGCUCGCCUAAGAAGAACGUAGCGGACCCGGAGGAGUUUUUAAAAACCUCGCUGAAGGAUGGGGUCGUCCUUUGCAAGCUCGCAGAGCGGUUUGUACCUGGCUUCACUCCCAAGUACUGCCAGGAUCCCAGAACUGAAGCCGACUGCAUUUCCAACAUCAAGGAGUUUUUAAGAGGAUGCUCGUCCCUGAAAGUGGAGGGGUUUGAACCAGAGUGGUUAUACACUGGAGAGAACUUUGGCAAGGUCCUGAAUACGCUGCUAGCUGUCAACUUUGCUACACAAGAUUGUGGUGCCGAGCGAUGUUCUCAGUCCGGUUCAUCCCCUUCUAACCAGGCGCCAUCUUCACAUACGCUGUCCUCCAUCAAGUCCAAAGGGUCUCUGCGCCGGUUAAAUAGCUCUGACAGCGCCACGCUGUGUGGAAACCUUGAAGUCAUCCUUACCUUCCAGCAGGAACUUUGUUUAGCUUUGGAGGAAUGCACCAAGGUCCCAGAGAGCCAGCAGCGAGUGGCGGCCUGCUACUUAAACCUGAUGAACCAGAUAAAGAAUCUGUACCUGACUUACUGUUCCAGCCACCCUUCUGCUGUCUCCAUCCUUACCGAUCACAGUGACGAACUCGGCAAGUUCAUGGAGAGCCAGGGAGCAAGUGGUUCAGGAAUCAUGACCCUGACCGUUAGCCUCAGUAAACCCUUCUUGAGGCUCGACAAAUACCUGACACUUCUGCAGGAGCUGGAGAGACACGUGGAGGAAGCUCACCCAGACUAUACUGACAUCGUAAAGGCAACAGCAGCAUUCAAGAGCUUAGUGACACAGUGUCAGGACCUACGGAAGCGCAAGGUUCUGGAGCUGCAGAUCUUAUCGGAGCCAGUGCGAGGCUGGGAGGGAGACAGCAUGAAGAGCCUGGGUCAAGUGCUCUACAUGUCCCAGGUCCAUGUACGAAGUGGUUGCAACGAGGACAAAGACGAGCGCUACUUAAUGCUUUUCUCUAAUGUGUUAGUUAUGCUCUCUGCCAGUCCCCGGAUGAGCGGCUUUAUCUAUCAGGGAAGAGUUUCGCUAACGGGCACCACAUUAACGAGACAAGUGGACGAUUCAGAAAGCGCACAAUAUGCAUUCGACAUCACAGGAGGUAUGAUCGAUCGUAUCACGGUGUUCUGCAGUGGCCCACAGGAGUUACAAGAGUGGCUGGAACACCUGCAGCCUUUUACUAAAGCAGGCAGCCCUGCCGGGAGCAUAUCAAAGAUUGUAGACGGCAAGCCUCUGAGCACAGUCGGUGUCCCCUCACACCUGCCCCACCUGGGCAGCAUCAGCCCCGUCGGUCGAGGCCCACUGGAACCACCAAAGAUAAGCAAGCCGUGGUCUCUCAGCUGUCUGCGUCCUGCACCACCUCUGAAGCCCUCCGCUGCACUGGGCUACAAAGAGAGGAUGUCUUAUAUCAUGAAGGACUCCAGCAAGAGCCCACGGCCCAUAAAGAAGUUCCUGCCCGGCAACAGGAAAAAAGAGCGCAAGGCCUCUGAUGACGAGAUUCAGAUCAGGAAAAGCACCGUCGCUCUGGAGGAGGACGCUCAGAUACUUCGGGUGAUCGAAGCUUACUGCACAGGAGCCAGCACACACCAGAACACCACAGCAGUGAGGAAAGAGUGUGUCCCCCAGGUGCUUCUGCCUGAAGAGGAGAAGAUCAUUGUGGAGGAGAUUAAAAGCAACGGACAGACGGUUAUUGAGGAAAAGAGCCUGGUUGAUGCUGUUUAUGCUUUAAAGGACGAGGUGCAUGAACUGAAAAAGGUAAGUGACAUUUCUUGCACUAAAUCAUAG